GUGAUCGUCGAGAAAGUCAAGCGAGAAACCUAGAAGAGGAAACCCCAGAAAGGGAGGGAUUGGUGUAAAUAUAGCUCUCUCUCAACAUCUGUUUGUUGACGUAAUUUCAAUUCGAUUUUGUUUCGCUAUAGAAAAACUAUAUCUGGAAUUGUGGCGUGCGGACCAAGGAACUAGAUUCCCUAAAUGCAAUUCCAUAGGAGAAGAGAAGCAACACGUCCUGAUGAAGUGAUGAGAUUUUCGAUUCGAAUGCUUUAGAUUAAAACCAAAAAUCCGAAAAGGGGGUUUUAUUAUAUGGGGCGAGCAUUGGAAUCAUCAUCUGGUGCUCUCUGCUCUUGUAAAUGGCUUCUUCUUUCCAGACAAGUGUUCCCACGGAGAGGGAGAAUGAACAGGCGAUUGCAAUUCUGAAGAAAGGGGCCUAUCUUUUGAAAUACGGCCGGCGAGGGAAACCUAAAUUCUACCCUUUUCGGCUUUCAAGUGAUGAAAUGUAUUUGUUAUGGUACUGUGGGAAAAAGGAGAAACGUCUUAAACUGACUUCUGUGACAAGGAUCAUACCUGGACAGCGAACUUCAGUUUUCCGGCGAUACCCUCAACCCACAAAGGAAUAUCAAUCCUUUUCUCUCAUAUAUGGCGACCGUUCUCUUGAUUUGGUAUGCAAGGACAAAGAUGAAGCUGAGUUCUGGAUCACUACUCUUCGCGCUCUUCUCUCACGAAACAGCUCUUCUGCGUUGGUACUUCACUCAAGAAGCCGUAGCUUUGUUCCUGGAGAACAAAGUAAUUCGAGCAAGAACUCCAAAUCCAACAUCAGAUCCGUCAGCAGUGACACAAGCUGCGAGGAACAUGCGAAAAAGGCUUCAGGAUCUCACUGCAACACAACUCCACAGAGACUUGGAAAAGUUUUCUCAGAGGUUUUGUCACAAACUGCAGUACUAAAGGCACUCUCUUUGGACGAACUCGUCCAUAAACCACAAAGCUCGUCUCCAGAGAUUUUAGAGAACCGACCUGCGGCUAAUCACUCCCCUGCUGUUGAUACGAGUAAAUACAGCGUUUCGAGCGCCGUGAGCUCGUCUAGUCAAGGAUCUACUUUUGAAGACUUGAAGUCUCUCUGUGAUGUCUUCGUUUGGGGAGAAAGCAUUGGAGAUGGUAUGCACAAAAGUGGAAGCAGUUCUUCUCUGGUGACUGAAUCCUUUCUGCCCAAAGUCCUGAAAUCACAUGUGGCACUUGAUGCACAGAGCAUCUCCUGUGGCACAAAUUACGCAGUGUUAGUCACAAAGCAGGGACAGAUGUACAGCUGGGGAGAAGAAUCUGGUGGCAGGUUAGGGCAUGGGGCUUGCUCCUACGUUCCACAUCCGAAACUAAUAGAUGAAUUCGACGGAUCAUCGGUCGAAAUAGCUGACUGUGGGGAGUUUCAUACCUGUGCUGUAACAGCGUCUGGUGAUUUAUACGCUUGGGGAGAUGGAACUCACAAUGCAGGUCUCCUUGGACUUGGCAGUGAAGCUAGCAGUUGGAAACCGGUACGUAUACUCGGUCAGAUGGAGGGUAUAAACGUAAAAACCAUCUCUUGCGGGCCUUGGCAUACAGCUUUUGUGACAUCAGAAGGUAAGCUGUUUACAUACGGUGAUGGUACUUUCGGUGCGCUUGGACAUGGUGAUCGUGUGAGCACAAGCGUACCUAGAGAAGUCGAGGCACUAAGCGGCUGCAGAACAGUGAGGACAGCUUGUGGCGUUUGGCAUUCGGCUGCUGUCGUCAGUGUUUCCGGCGAAGCCACGUCAUCGGGGAAGCUCUUUACUUGGGGUGAUGGAGAGGAUGGGAAGCUAGGACACGGUGAUAAAGAGUCUAGACUGAUCCCAUCUUGUGUAACUGAGCUGGACACAACUAGCUUUCAGCAAGUAGCUUGCGGCCAGAGCAUCACCGUUACUCUCUCUACUUCCGGACAAGUUUACGCGAUGGGAAUCGCUGAUCCGAGCCACGAUGAUGCUGUGAGAGCUCCUUUUUGCGUUGAAGGGAGUCUAGGGAAGAGCUUUGUGCAAGAAGUGGCUUGCGGGUUUCACCAUAUCGCGGUUUUGAACUCGAAAGCUGAGGUUUACACUUGGGGCAAAGGAUCAAACGGACAGCUCGGGCACGGAGACACUGAGCACAGACGUAUGCCGACUCUUGUGAGGGCUUUGAAAGGCAAACAAGUGAGGAAAGUGGUGUGUGGUUCGAAUUACACAGCGACCAUUUGCCUCCACAAACCGAUUUCGGGCACAGAUAGCUCUAGGUGCUCUUGUUGUCGCCAUCCUUUUAACUACAUGAGGAAGCUCCACAACUGUUACAACUGUGGAAGUGUCUUCUGUAACUCGUGCACUAGCAAGAAGUCUUUAGCAGCAGCCAUGGCUCCAAAGACGAACAGGCCUUACCGUGUGUGCGACGACUGCUACAUCAAACUCGAAGGAGUCAGAGAAUCUUUAGGAACUCCGGCGAACAGUGCAAGAUUCUCAAACGCGAGCCUUCCAUCUAGCAGCAACGAGAUGGACGAAAUCGGGACAACCCCGCAGCGUCAGCUUCUUAGAGUGGAUUCCUUUGAUUUCUUCAGACAAUGCAAGAUCACUGAUCUUAAAACCAUUGGUGAAACCUCAGGAGCAAGCUGCAUUUCGUCGAACCACUCGAGUAUGGAGAACAUCAAAGGUGCUUUUAACCUGAGAGGGAUACGGAGACUCUCAAGGCUUACCUCUUUUGAUUCGGUUAGUCAAGAACGCAGGCAACGCGCCAAGCAUUGCGCUUCGAAAUCAGACACAUCCUCUCUUAUAAGACACUCGGUGACUUCUGGUCUCCCGUUUUCUCGUAGAGGCUCUGUUGAUAUGUUUCCUUUGUCGAUCAAAUCAAGCCCGGUUGAAUCUGUUGCGACCACUUCCGACUUCACCACCGACAUUACAGAUACGGAGUUGCUGCAAGAAGGGACAAAGAAAUCGAAUCAGUGCCUUAACCAGGAAAUAUCAGUACUCAAGGCACAGGUGGAAGAGCUUACCCGAAGAACAAAAGAACUAGAAGCAGAACUUGGAACGAAUUCGAAGAAGCUUGAAGUUGCGGUGUUAAUGGCGCAUGAUGAUGCAGAGAAGAUCAAAUCUUCAGAGGAGAUCAUUAGGUCCCUGACUCUGCAGUUGAUGGAUGCGACCGAGAAAGAUGUAGGCAAGACAAUUAGACGCCGAAGCUCGUUUUGAUUCUUAAUUUUUUGAUUAGAGAAGAGCCUCUACUUUGAUCAAAGCAAAGAAAGGGGAUGAAAAACUGAAGUAGAUUGAGAAAUAUUGGGGUUGAAAUGUACAAUACGAUACAGCUCUUAUCAAAUUACAUACCAUAAAUAAAUCAAUGUAGUGUUUAAUUACAGAGCAAAAACAUAAAGUGUGAGUACAACAUUCCAAAUUGACAAACAGAGAAGAAGAAGAAGAAGAAGAAGAAAAAGUUCAGACCUUUUGAUUUUGUGUGUGUGUUGGUUUAGUGAAAAAUCAGCAGAAGCUUCUUCAUUUCGCUAACAAUGGCCAAGCUGAUACUCAUCAGCUGAUUCGCCGUCGCCAUCUCUUUCUUGAUCUCGUUUCCCACGGUUGUUCCCAUUUCUUCAAGCCCAUCGGAGCAAGUCUCACCGUCAGUCAUGGCGGCGCUGAUCCACGUCUUGACAUCUCCGACGACAUCCUUCGUCAGCCAAUUCCCUCCCUUCUUCUUCUCCGUCUCGAUCUCUGACAUCGCCUCCUUCAGUUGACUCAGCGCAUCGGCGUAUAGCUUCACGCAGUCGCCGACUGCCGCGUCCUCAGGCAUAUCGUUGAUUGAACGGAAAGACACGGAGAGGCUUGAUACGUUUUCAGAAGCGAUUCGAAUAGAUAGCUCGAGGAUCGAUUCAGGGUCGAGUUUUCGAUUCGAUUCGAGGGAAGAAGAUAGAGCGUCGAAGCAGGUCUCUGGGUAACGAGUCACGGCACAGGCUGCCUUGAGAGACUCGGAGGAGACGGGAGGAGGAUGUUUGGAAGGACGAGUGAAGGCUCCGGCGGUUAAGGCGACGACGGCGAGGAUCAAGAGGAGAGAAACGACGGAGACGGUGGCGAUUAGGGUUUUACGGGAAGAUGGUUUGGGGAGUGGAGAAGGAAUCUGGUUUUCCUGGUCGGAUACUUUUCCGUAUCCUUUCAAGUUGUUGAUCGACUCCAUUGAAAGCAGCGAUUUUGGUGGUUUCUAUGAUCGGAAAUCGGAAGAAGAUGAAUCUUUCCAGUUGCCGCUGCCAGCGUGACCUCUCUCUCUCUCUCUCUACUUUUGUGUUUCCCUUUUCAGUCUCUUUCUCUCUCUCUCCGACCUUUUCUCAGCUUCAGUUUCUCUUCCUCACAAGCAAAGCCCAAAGCAGAUCGAAAUCGAUUUUGAAGGAGAUUUCUUGACGUAUUCUACUGAUUUUCCAUCAAUACUCAAAAACUUCUAUCGCCGCUCUCGUUUCAUCUGUUUUUCCAAGGGGAAAUUAAAAACACAGGAAAGGGUUUAGCAAACUUGAAAAUGGCGACGAACAUCGGAAUGAUGGAUAGUGCUUACUUCGUCGGAAGAAACGAGCUUCUCACUUGGAUCAAUGAUCGCCUUCAGCUCAAUCUCUCUCGCGUUGAAGAGGCUGCAUCUGGUGCUGUGCAAUGUCAGAUGCUUGAUAUGACAUUUCCAGGAGUUGUACCAAUGCACAAGGUUAAUUUCGAUGCCAAGAACGAAUACGAUAUGAUUCAAAACUACAAGGUCCUGCAAGAUGUGUUCAACAAGCUGAAAAUUACAAAGCCGUUGGAAAUUAACAGGCUUGUCAAAGGCCGACCACUGGAUAACUUGGAGUUUCUUCAAUGGCUGAAACGCUUCUGCGAUUCCAUUAAUGGUGGUAUCAUGAACGAGAACUAUAAUCCUGUGGAACGAAGAUCAAAAGGUGGUAAAGAGAGGAGUGUAAAGGGAUCUAAUAAGAUGCCAAAGUCACUGCAAACAAACAACAAUCAUCCUCCACCCAAUUCCAGUUCGGCUGGUCUUAGCAAAGCCACAGGGGCCAAGCCAGCAAAAGCAGCUGAAGUGCAGGCUUUGUCUAAAGAGCUUGCGGAUCUCAAGCUCUCUGUUGAUCUCUUGGAGAAAGAAAGAGACUUUUACUUCUCCAAGCUCCGGGAUGUAGAGAUACUUUGCCAAACUCCUGAAGUUGAGAAUAUUCCAAUAGUGGGAGCAGUGAAGAAGAUACUGUAUGCAACCGAUGCAAAUGAAUCUGCACUAGAAGACGCUCAAGAGUUCUUAAACCAGUCCAUAGGAGUUGAAGUUAAAGGUGAGGGAAAUGGAGAAGAAGAAGAAGAAGAAGAAGAAGAAGAAGGAGAAAAGACUCAAGCCUGACCUGUGACUAUUAACAAUCCUAAGUAGAAGAAGUUUUCCAGAGUGGCGAACAAUGGCUGGACUUGGCCUUCUCUUCAAAGUCUCCUUUGUUAAAAAGGAACUUACUGAAACUUGAAGAUGAAUGAGCUUCUGUUAAAAAUGCUUAGUUUGAGAACAAUGAGGCUUAGUUUUGUUACGUUUUAAAACCAAAACAUUCAAGAUGUUUUUUCUUGUUUUGAAAAAAUCUGCGUUGGUCCCGAGUGAGAGAAUCUUAAAAGCUUCUUCUAUUUUUUUUAUCACUAUAAAAUCUUGAAUCAGUAAGGUAAAAGAAGAUCCAAACAAUACCAGGGAUUGUUAGUAAUAUAAUUUCAUUUAAAAAAUCCAGACUUGAGUUUUAUAAUCCACAAAUAAA